AUGUCGGAAACGUUCAAGUAUGAUACGAAAACAAAUGAACUUAGUCCGAAAAUUGAAUUUGGUACCGAUUAUAGUCCCGACGUUUCUUAUCAUUUCAAUUCUAAAGUGUCAGAAUUUCACUAUGGUGUACGACAUCCCAUGAAACCCUUUCGACUCAUGUUAACAGAUCACUUGGUCUCUGGAUAUGGUCUCCAUAACUACAUGGAUCUGUACGAGACACGUGCCGCUAGUCGGGAAGAGCUUUUAGAAUUCCAUUCGAAAGAUUAUAUCGACUUCUUGUCGAAGGUGACUCCCGACACUGUCAGCAAACUACCGCGCGGUUCAUUGGAAAAGUUCAAUAUUGGAGACGACUGUCCCAUUUUUCAAGGCUUUUACGAUUAUUCGGUGCUUUAUGCGGGUGCUUCACUGGACGCCUCUAGAAAACUACUCAAUGGACAAUCCGAAAUCGCGAUAAAUUGGUCUGGUGGAUUACACCACGCGAAAAAGAGUAGCCCUUCAGGGUUUUGUUACGUGAAUGAUAUUGUUCUCAGUAUUAUCAAUCUGCUUCGCUUCCACCCACGGGUAUUAUACAUUGACAUUGAUAUUCACCAUGGAGAUGGUGUACAGGAAGCGUUCUAUACUACGGAUCGAGUUUUUACUGUUUCGUUUCACAAAUACAAUGGUGAGUUUUUUCCGGGAACCGGUAAUUUCGAUGAACUAGGCUGCUCUGAAGGUAAACACUUUGCCCUGAAUGUGCCAUUGGAGGAUGGAAUUGAUGACGAUUCAUACAUAAACCUUUUCAAAGGUGUCAUGGAUCCACUUAUAACUUCUUACAAACCAACGGUAAUCAUUCAACAAUGUGGUGCCGAUUCUCUCGGGCAUGACAGACUUGGGUGUUUUAAUUUGAAUAUUAAAGCGCAUGGGGAGUGCGUCAAAUUCAUAAAAUCGUUUGGUAUUCCUAUGCUGGUAGUAGGUGGAGGUGGUUAUACACCGAGAAACGUUUCCCGAUUGUGGACUUAUGAGACUGGUAUAUUGAGUGGAAUGAUACUCCCCGAGAGCCUUCCAGAAGACUCACCAUUUCGAGAAUGGUUUGGACCCGAUUACUCUUUAUACCCAACACUGGGCGAUCUCUAUGAGAACAAAAACUCCAAGAAGUUUUUGGAAAACGUGCGAAUAAGAUGUCUGGAGAGAAUAAGGUAUUUGCAAGGAGCUCCUAGUGUUAGAAUGGAUGCAGAGAUUAUUCCAAGUCAAGAUUUAUCUGCUUUAACGCAAGAGGAAGAGGAUAUAAUUCGCGAAGCAAACGAACAAGAAGAUUUACAAAGGAUGAGACAAAUGGAAAGGGAUAAUUCGAGAAAAGGUGAAUUUUACUAA